AUGCAAGCUGAGAUCGCUCAGGUUCUUGAUGAACACCACACCGAACAGCUCCUUCACUACCAUAAAACCCAGAAUUUCGUCGACCAGGUCUCGCGCGAACAGGCCGUCUACCAAAAGAAACCCGGUGACAAAAGAGAAAAGCAAGCCGAUUUCACGAUCGUUCGUGUGAAAGCCAAGUUCAAUCGUGACAAAUCCAAAGAAGAGGUUGAAAAGGACAUAGAGAAUGCGACUUCCUAUGCUGUCAAGCAAGACGUGCUUCCAGCACGAAUUCACGUCGUGGCCAUCAGCAUAAGCAAGUUCGGAUUCGAGGAGAUGAGCAAAAUCUUCCAGCACAUGCCGAUGAUUAUAGCGCGCUACCGCGACUGUGGGACGCCGGUGCGCUUAUGGAUGCAAGCAUUCAAUUACUCAAUCGAUGGAGAGGCCCAUAAUGAUAGGCAGGUCCCGGUCGGCUCAGCGCCUGGUGGCUGGGGUAACGGCGAUGGUCUACGAACGCAAUCGCGAGUUCCAGAGCAUGAAGCUCAAGGAGUAUGCGGCAAAGAGGAAUCAGGAUCUAGCUGA